AUGGCCGAGCACGAGUCUUCAUGGCAUGAAAAGGGCCACCAAUCCACCGGCUCGAGGAGGUCCUUGUUUCGAGGCAAGAAAGGAAAGAGAUUGAGCGAAACGGGCGUCGUUGCCGCCCCCGCUGCCGACGAACAGGAAGAGGCCACCGACAGGCGCACGUCGAUUCUACGAAAGAGCAGAAGGGGUACCAAUCAAUCCGAAGACGCAUCCACGAGCCUCAUCAGCCGCAUCUCUACUCCAUUUGACUUUCAACACCUCUCUCAUACCGAUCGACACCAAUUCGCUGCGCUCGAGCAAGCUGCCAGCGAUAAAUCAAGCCCAGGCUCCCACGCAGGGCACGUCGCACACCCUUACCACGCAGGCUCUGCACCAAGCACCAGCAACCCCUACUUCAGCAACUUCUCUUCCGAAAACUUGGCCUAUGCCGAAAAACAAUCUCCGUCUGUGGGCGUGGCCUCUCCACCUCACAGUCCCGAAAUCAACUUUGCUCCCGACUAUGCUGUGCAGUUUCAACCCUCGCGCCGACCGCUCCGUCUAGCCAGGUCCAUCGAGAGCUUCUCUCAGCCCGGUGUGAGCCCUCGCAAGCACAGCCAUGGUCCCUCUCUCACGUCGGCACCACUGGUUUCACCCCACAAUCCUCUGGAUGCUGCAUACGAAGACAAGAUGUCGGCUGCGCGCAGACUGUCUCGUUAUAAGCGAGAGUCUGGUAUCUGGGACUCGUUCUCACUGUCUGCUGUGACAACCCCAGAGCCCCUGCCAGAGAUUGAAGAAGACACUUCGUACUUUGGCCAUGCUCUAACUACACCAGACGAUUCGGCCAUCCAUGCGACGACGCCUCCAUUUAGCCCGAGUCUCGCAGACGUUGCCGAGGAGCCAGAGCACUUCGUGAGCCCAAGGCCUGCACCGCAGCCGCCGUUGAAGAGCCCUACGUCGCCGAAAGAGUCGUACUUUGGAGCCUUCUCGUUCCAAAACCAACAGUCACCAGUCAGUGGCAGGACACAGGCUCGAGCUCAGUUGGACGUCUCACCACGGGCUGGGCCUUCGCGCUCACGGCCCUCGUCGCAGCAGUCCGACACAUUGGGCCCCACGAGCUUUUCGCGCAGAAUGUCGAUUCGGAAGCCUUUGCAUCGUCGCCAGUCCAACACGUGGCGCGCAAUCGAGGAGUCGUGGGAGGAAGACGUCGACUACAUUUACGACAAUGCGCUCGAAGCUGAGUGCGAUCUGGAAUGGGACCGUGCAUCUGACCACGGCGCCCAUCACUCACAAAUCCCAUCGAUUGCGUAUGCGCACAACCAUCGCGAAUCUCAAAUCGUUCCCAUCGACCGCGACUGCUUCCCUUCGGGCAGUUUCCGCUCGUCGCUGCUUGUUCCCCGCUCCAACAGCGUGCCAGACCUAGACCCCAUCUCUGCCAUAUCUACCUCGACCUUGAGUACGGGACUACCGACGACGCCGUCUGAUCUGUACAACUCUACUCACUACAACAACGAGACGGGUUUCGUUCUCAGUCCUUCGUUACUGGUACCUCAGGAGUACAAGGACACGCGGGAUGUUACCUAUGAAGAUCUCCUGGACGAGUACGCCGAGUCUGAUCGCCACUUUCCAAUGCUCGACAUGGGCCCGAGUACGACGAGCUCUGCCCGCAGCAGUCACGUCCGACUUAGCAGGCGAAGCUCGUACGACAGCAGCCUAAUGUCUUCGAUCCAGGGCUCUGGUCUGUGGAGCUCACCGGUUCGCCGUUCAGCGAGCUCGGCCGGAAGUGUACCAGAGCUGAUUCCUUCUCGCCGUAACCGAAAGGAGCUUGGGGUCAGUGUCUUGUCGGAUCAGUAUGCUGAGCAGAUUGCUUGCUUGCGUGAGGACGACGACAUGACGCCGCCAGGACAUGCCUCGGAAGGAAGGACAUUCUUCGCUUCCGACGAUGAAGCGCCCCACGACGAGGAGCGACAAGCCACGAAUCCUCUUGCGACUGAGCUCAAGGCCUCGCUUGACCUUGCUCGGCGGGGGUCACGGCGUGGGCACCACAUGACGGCCGAGGACGAGCUGGAAGAAUCGCUCGAUAUGGUUGGUCGUGACUCUCAGCACUCGACUCGUGCUACGGCGCGCCAGCACAAGGCUGCUCUCUCUGAUGGCGCGGCCAAGUUGCUUGCGUCGUCUCCUGUGGUGCUAGAAAAACCGACAAAGCCACGCAGCCGUGCAGCCACCACGACACAGUCUCGCCCACCUGUGCUCAGGCUUUUUCCAAACACACCUCGAGCUAUAUAAAGCCUUUGUCGACUGCAAUCC